AUGCUCCGGAACCUGGAAGACCAGGCAACAAGCCGAUUGACAGACUACAUGAACGAGUGCUGGAGGAACGGGAGAAUACCCGACGUAUGGAAGCGGUCCGAGGUGAUCCUCAUGCCGGGUAAACCUCUGGAAAUCCAGAACAUGCGGCCGAUGUCCCUCGCUUCCUGCGUCGGUAAAGUGAUGGAGCACGCCUGCCCGAACAGGGUUAACGGCUACCUGGAGUCUAACGACGUAUACUGCAGCAACACGAUCGGCUUCAGAAGAGGGCUCUCUACUGAAGACGCCAUGAUACAAUUCGAGGUGCAAAUCAUAGACGUCACGGGCGAGGCUUGA